AUGGCGGGACUACUAGCAUGGGCGGCGGACGUGGUGGGAGGCAAUGGCGGAGAGAGGACCGAUGAAGAAAAUGACCCGGAUUCCAUUCCGCUGAUCCUCACCUCCGAACAACAGACAUACGUUCAAGAACUGGAUCGGAAGGCUACUUCCUUAAACCGUUCGAUCCAAGAUCUACGGCAGAGAUUGCCCCCUCCAGACAUCUCACAACGCCUGCCCCACCUCCACGCGCAUUCUCUGGCCUCCAAUGCCGCCCUCGCUCUACAACUUAAUGCCCACUCCACCACUAAACAACAGGUACAUCAAAGAGAAGUUAGGUUGCAGGAAGAAAACACCGAGUAUGAAAAUGCUAUAUCCAGUUGUGAAAAUAAAAUACAGGAGAAGUUGCAGGAAGCAGAUGCACUUCAAUAUAAAUUGAAGGAAAUGGACUUGAUUGAAGAGAAAUUAAUAGCUGAGCUGGAACAAGCACAAGCUUUGGUGACCGAAAGUGAGCCAGGAGAAUCAAAUGAACUUUCUACUGAAUCCAAAUCGGUCAUUGAAGCUCAAGACGACGCAGAAGCUCCUAGACUGUCAAUGUUGGAGAAGUUAGAGAUGAAGAAAAAAGAACUGGCUUCGAUGGAAGAAAUUGCUCAAGACUUGGAGAAAAAGUGGGCAGAGGUUCAAGCUAAUGCAUUGAAGCAACCAACACCAGCUCAGCGAGAGAAGGCUUUGGAUAAACAGCUUCACAGCCUAAUUGAACAACUCGCAGCAAAGCAGGCUCAAGCAGAAGGCCUUAUCAGUGAAAUACAUCUGAAGGAAAUUGAGUUUGAAAGAUUAAAUGGACUCUGGAAAAGAAUCCAAACGAGCAAUGCGGAUCUGAAUACAGCAAGGAAUAGGUUUGGGAGAAACAGCUCUGACAGGGGACCUGUUUCGUCUGAUUACACUGUUGAUCCUGACCACAAGCUUCCUUUCCAUAUAGCUGGUCGAAGUGACAGUUUGCAGAGGUUGAUGCUACUCAGGUCGGCUUUUGUGAUCUACAUUUUAGCUCUGCAUGUAUUGGUAUUCAUUAAGAUUUCAUUCUAA